AUGCCAGUAUUUCACCUUUACUACAGUGUCGAUCAGAACGAGGAAGGAAGGAUGCAUCGCCAAUACAGAAUUCAAUUGAGAAGGAGAGAGCAAGCCCGGGAAGCACAGACGAGGGUAGGAGUACUGCCGCCGCCAGCGGUUGGAUCAAAGUCUGUAAAAGGAAUGAGGCCUUCAAUGGAAGAUGAGGUUUCAAUUCACCCAAAUCUUUGCUCCCCGCCCAUCAAUGGCGGUCGACCCCUUCAUUUUUAUGCUGUUUAUGAUGGACAUGGUGGUCCUCAGGUAUCUGCGCUCUGUAGGGAGAGAAUGCACUUGAUUGUAGCAGAAGAACUGAACAAUACAAAAAUGAUGAGUAGUUCCAGUUCAGAUAGAAGACAACAACGAGAUUGGGAGGCAGCAUGGAUAAGAAUUCUGCAAAGAAGUUUCCAACGGAUGGAUAAAAUGAUAUGCUUUAACUGUGACUGUGCUACUUUAAGCUACCGCUGUUUGUGCCCACCAAAUCACAACUUGCGCUUCAUGGGUUCCACCGCAAUCAUAGCAAUUGUAACAGAUCAUGCCAUUGUCAUUGCAAAUUGUGGUGAUUCCCGCGCUGUUCUUAGCCGGAAUGGAAAUGCCCUCUCUGUCUCCUUCGAUCACAAGCCAAAUAGGCGGGAUGAACUCGCUAGAAUAAAGGCUGCGGGAGGAAAACUUGUUUAUUCUCGUGGAUUACGGGUUCAAGGGUUUCUAGCCAUGUCUCGGGCAAUAGGAGACAGUUAUUUGAAGCCCUAUGUCAUAUCAGAGCCAGAGUUUACCUUUGUAAAAAGGAAGGUAAAUGAUGAGUGCUUAAUUCUUGCCAGUGAUGGCUUAUGGGAUGUCGUAUCAAACGAAACGGCAUGUCGGAUGGCUAGAGUGUGUCUCCAAGGAGAUGCAAUAUUUUUUUCGCAUAGUGAAACAGCAGCAGCGCUGCUUACUCGGAUUGCUACGGGGCGGAAUAGCCAUGAUAACGUAAGUGUUAUUGUAGUUGAUUUUACGAGAAAUUAA